UGUAAACAUAAAUCUGACAGUCGUUGAACUCUUAUCCUAUCAUAUCGCCGUAUUUUAUUUGUUGAUGAAUUAUUAAACGGAAGAAAGCAUCAUCCACCCACACGACUCCGUUCGUACAACAAAAAACCGCCUCAAAUUCCCUAAAUCAAGUUAGGUUUUCGAUUCAGGAUCAUUCAGAUUCAGAUUUAGGAUUCGUUGUUUCGAUUCAGGACUAUUGAUAGGUGAAAUGGCGGUGGCGUUUUCACAGUUUUCGUGGUGGUUAUGGAGCGGAAAACACCAAGAUACAAAAAUCCGCACCAGGCCGUCCAAGAAUUCCGCAACAGCAUCUGACAUAAACAUGUUGGAAUUCGACAACUUAAAGUUCUCAUCGGUAAAUGUGGCAUCCACAUCUAAAAGAGGAAAACGAAAAUGGCAGAGUCGAAGGGAACGUAAGGUUGAUAAAGAAUAUGAUGUUGUGUUGGUUCCAUCGGAUGGUGGUUGUUUAUCGGGAUCAGAAUCGGAUGACUCUGAUUGGUCAAUCGGAUGGCUAGAACCGCAUGGUGCUGGUUUUUGUAGUGAUGAUGACGAUGACGAUUCGGAUGAUAGUUUUGCUGUGUUGGUGCCAUGCUAUGGUCGUGGUCGUAGUGAUGUUAACCCGAAGAAAUCCCCAACCGACAAGUUUACUAUUGGCGUUGCGCAAGUCCCCGACAUCUAUUCUCCUGAGAGCGAAGCGUACAUGGAACAAUGGCUGUCAUCCCUACAGCACAACUGAGCGCUCUACGUUAGCCCAUUAACUGUAAAUAUGUAUCUAUAUGUAAAAAGAUAUUGGUUUAGUUCAUGUAGCGGUGGUGAUGCUGACGCUGCUACUAACUAUUAUUAUUUCGGGUUUAAAAUGAUCAUUAUUCGUGAGGACAAGAAACAGAUCUUUGUGUCAAGAACACUGACGCUGUAAAGAGACGGCCAAAAUGAACUGAAGAUCGACUCGUAUUGUGUUCGGAUUAGCAUUGAUCUGGAAAAAGAAACAAUUGAAGUAAAAUUAAAAUUUGUUGGGUGAUAUGUGAUGUGAUGUAAAAUAUUUGUAUGAUGUGUACAUAUUCAUGGAAGUGAGGGUGAAAAAAAAAUCAAUUUCCAAAAAAAAAAAAAAACUAUUGAUAACAAUUCUUGUAAAUUUGAUUCUAAACUCAAUGCAGUUUAUAUGUUUUUUCGUUGUAAAGCCUUAGUUUGUCCCUAUGGUUUUUGUUAUUUAAUAAUAUAACAUAUUAGUUUGUA